AUGGCCAACAUCGCACCUAUCGCAUUUGACAACAACCCUAAUGACUUCAAAGAUGAUUCAUUGUUGAAAUUCCCUAUUGGUGUAAAAUUAGUGCGAGUAAAAGGGUGCGGAUGUAAAGGGUUGAAAAAAUGCACCACCGACAAGUGCUCGAAUUUCUUCCAAAAAACUGAGUGCCAAUCACGUUGUGCAUGCGGAAAUCGGAAGUUCUCAAAAACAAGGAAAGUAUUUAAAUAUGCAGUCCAAAUGGCGGGAGAUAACAAAGGGUGGGGCCUUUUUGCGACCAAAAGAAUAGAAGCUGGAGAGUUUAUCACUUCUUACAUCGGAGAUGUCAUCACCAAAGAGGAGAAGGAUAGAAGAUUUGAAGAAUACAAAAACAGAGGAAUCAAGCAUAACUACAUGAUCCAAGCUGGGAAAUAUCACAUAGAUCCCACUUUCUACGGAAACAAGGCGAGAUUCGCAAACCACUGUUGUGACCCAAAUGUGAUUGUGGAAAAGUGGACAAUGGACCGUGCUCCUCAAGGGUUCAAAGCGCUGGCGUUUGUGGCCUGUAAACCCAUUGAAGAAGGACAGGAAAUCACUUUUGAUUACAAAUUUGAUUAUGAUAAAGAAAAUGCCCAACCGUGCCACUGUGAUGCGGGAAACAAGUGUAAUAAAUGGAUUGGGAAGGCUCCACCAAAAAAUUGA